CUACAAAAUAUUCAGGGCUCCCAAAAGUGUCUCCUAAAAAAUAUUAAGUAAAAUUGGGACAAAAAACUUAUUGGUUCGAAUUUGGGGGGAAGAAGUCAUUCAAAUUAAAGAAAGGGAGAAGAAAUCGAUUUGGGGCUUAGGGUUUCUAAGCACACGGAGGAGAAGUACAAAGGGCGGCUGAAUCACUCGACGGCAGGGUCGGCACGGAGGAGAAGGUGUUCGGCGACGGAAGGGUGGUCGACGACGAAGGAGAAGGCUCGUGACAACACCUGGGGUUCUCGGCGACGGCACCACAUGCUCCUGGGGUUCUCGACGACGGCGCCACCUGCUCAGGUGGUGCAUGGAUUUAUUAUGAUCUUGUGCCUCAAAUUCUUAUAGUUAGAAAUCACAACAAGAACACACAGACAGAUACGCUUCUGAUGGAUUUUCCUAAGCAGCCACUUUGGACAAAUGUUUAUAUUCAAAAUCAUGCCAAGGCUUUGGUUCCUCUAUUCUAGAGUCGUGUUCAGUUUAUAUAGGUUCAAGGAUAAAUUCGUUUGACAUGUGGCGCAACUUUGAGUUUUGGGCUUGCUCAUUAUUCUUCAUCAGCGUUUGAGUUAAUGGCAUAAGAGCUUUUGAUGAGUGACUCUGUUGUUAAGAUAUUUGGGGCUCUUCGUAUGAUUGUCAAAAUGAACUUGAUGUUGAACUCCAAAAUGGUUAUAGAUGGUGGCAAUGAUACAAUUUUUGCAACAUCCUUGCUUGAGGCAAGCAAUUUAGUGGUUCUCAAGGAAUCAUCUAGGAUCCGUUCUACUGAAAAUUUGGGAGUUCAUGGACAGGGCUUUCUGAAUUUAUCUGAAUCGUGGAAUCUGAUUGAAGCUCAAAGUCUAAUUCUUUCAUUAUUUUACAGUGUCAAUGUUGAUUCUGGAUCUUUGUUACGAGGUGCUUUGGAGAGUAACGAUUCCAAGUAGACUAUAUAAAUCCCUCAAAUAAGUGUGUGUGGUGUUGUGGGGUGUGAUGUAGUCGACCAAGAGCUGUGGUGGGGGGCAAGUAAUCUAAUUAAUAUUUUGAGAAGUUUCAUUUGUUGUGUGAAAGGAAAUAAGGAAAAGACUCUUUUUAUUUAUGAGAGGAUAUGGGAAUUUAUUAAGACAAUUAUAGAGGAAGAAAAAUGUUAAUUAUGUA